AGUGGCUAGUAGGUUAGCUACCCAGGGACAAUGAGCCACUGAGAAACGGAUAAUUUGACAGCUCCAGUAGGGCAGGAUGGGCAGGCAGAGGAAGAGGGUGGUGACUGGGGAAGCUGCUCCACUUCCUAGGAAAGAUGAGAAGCCCAGUGCAUUGCACCGAAAAGAGAAGAAAAAGAAAAUUGACAUCGGAAAAGCCUUCAUCAAUAUCUCCAUUGGCCUUUGCAUAUUCAGCCUUAUCUGGUUCUUUUAUGCCCUGUACAUGCGGUCUGCCCUGGCAAAACGGGUGGUGACGCUACACCCUUCACCUCAUGUCCUUGAUGCCAGCAGCACAAGUGCCAAGGUAUCACCAGAGAGGUUCUGGGGAUCAUACAGGCCUCAGGUCUACUUUGGAAUGAAGACCAGGAGUCCUAGAUCAAUUGUGACAGGCCUGAUGUGGAUGCGUCAGUUUUCUGACAUAGAUGUGAACUUGAGGCACACUUGCGAGCAGGGAGAUCGUUUGCAAAGCUAUGGCUGGCUGAUGCAUGAUGGCGUUAGUUUUGGUGUCCAGGAGAUCCAGGAUAGUGACUUCACCCUGACCACAGAGUUUGUCAAGAGGAUGGGUGGUAACCAUGGAGGAGACUGGACUUGGAGGAUCACUGCCAAACAGCUUAGUUCUGCCCCUCAUGCACCAGUCAUCUCCCUGAUGUUCUAUGUAGCAGCAGAUGCACAAGGUUCCCUGCAGGCCCAUGUGGAAGAAAACAACCUCAAGUCCAUCACAGGGUUCUCAGAAGAGCUUGGCAACUUCAAGGUCACCUUCCGCAAACCUGUUUCCGGGGAUUUAUCCAGUGUCAAAUAUGCCAGCUACAACUACCUUCAGACUGUCACUCCAGGCUUGGAGAGGCUGACCGAUAUCGUAAAGAACAGUCUCACUCGCAGGUUUGUCUACAGGGCUCCUUCUGGUGAGAAGAGACAUUACAUUGCUGUUGACGCCUCCAAGCCUCCUCAACACCAACAACAGCAGAAGCCUGCAGACACCAGGAAGGAGAGUGACUUUGUUGUUCACCAGGUGACUGUCCAGACGCCAUUCCAGAUCGAAGUUCUGUUUGAAUCUGGAAGCUUUCAUAACCGUCCCAACCAACUGGUUGGGAAAACCAUGACUGAAGAGCUGGAAAAGAGGAAAGCUGCAUUUGAUGCCAAGUUUGAGAAUAUUUUUGGCCUUGAGAAAAAAGGCUUUAGCCAGGCACAGGUCAAGUUUAGCAAGGCAGCACUCAGCAAUAUGUUGGGUGGAAUGGGAUAUUUCUAUGGUCAGUCGGUGGUCCAGUCAGUCUACAAUGAAUAUCCCCUGCUGUACCCUGAAGGUGCAUUAUUUACUGCCGUCCCAUCACGUUCUUUCUUCCCCAGAGGAUUCCUGUGGGAUGAGGGCUUUCACCAGCUGCUUCUGAGCAAGUGGGACCCUCAGGUGACUCAGGAGUCUACUGCCCAUUGGUUAGAUCUUAUCAAUAUAGAAGGCUGGAUUCCUCGUGAGCAGAUCCUUGGAGAUGAGGCUCGUAGUAAGGUACCGGCUGAGUUUGUUGUCCAGCGGAAUGAGAAUGCCAACCCACCCACUCUCUUCUUGGUUCUUCAGGAGCUCAUUGAGCAGUUGUCUUCAAAUCCAGAUUCUGCAGCGAAUCAACCAACCUUGGCUUUCUUGCAACGACUCUUUCCUAGACUCAAAACCUGGUUUGAAUGGUAUAACACCACACAGUCGGGACAGCUACCAAACUCCUAUCGUUGGCGUGGACGUGACAAGGACACAAACCUGUUUCUUAAUCCCAAAACCCUGACGUCUGGACUGGAUGACUACCCACGAGCCUCACACCCAUCAUCAGAUGAGCGUCAUGUGGAUUUACACUGCUGGAUGGCACUGGCUUCUGGCAUCAUGGCAAGUAUAGCAAAGCUCCUUGGUGAGCCACAUCAGGAGUAUGAGAGUACCCACCAAGUGCUCAGUGACAACAAUCUUUUAAAUAAACUCCAUUGGUCAGAACAGCUUCGUGCUUUCAGUGACUUUGGCAACCACACUCAGGCUGUGUCAUUGCAGCAGGAGAAGGUGUAUGUGCCUCCCGGGCAGCCCCGACAUCAGUUCCCUGUGACACGACUAGUCCGCUCCGUCCGCCGAGCCCCCAAGUUGCAAUAUGUUAAUGCUUUUGGUUAUGUAAGUUUGUUCCCCUUCUUGCUCCACAUACUUAAGCCUGACUCACCCAAAUUAGAACAUAUCCUCCGAGACAUAAGAGACCCAGAUAAGCUUUGGACACCCUAUGGCCUGCGCUCACUCUCCAAAGCGGAUCCCCUGUAUAUGAAGCGAAAUACAGAACAUGAUGCCCCCUAUUGGAGGGGACCAAUAUGGAUAAACAUCAACUAUUUGGCAGUAAGAGCACUGUACCACUACAGCAACAGUGAGGGGCCAUAUCAAGAGAAGGCAGCUGAUCUCUAUCAGGAACUCAGGACUAAUAUUAUCAAUAAUGUUUACAGACAAUAUGCUGAGACAGGGUAUAUUUGGGAACAGUACAAUGAUGGCACUGGUAGAGGCCAAGGAAGCCACCCUUUCACUGGCUGGUCAGCGCUGACCAUGUUAAUUAUGGCUGAACAAUAUUGAUACUCUGGAUUUCACCCCAAUAUUUGUAAGAUCUUGGCCCUCAUUCGUCAUAGCAUCAGUGAUGCAACAUCUCCUUCAAGUGUUGAGGUGCUUGCAAGAAGCAUGCCUUAUCAGCUAAUUUGUACUCAGUGAUACAAGCAUGACAUCUAAUGUGAUAAGCAUAUUCUUGAGAAGACAGUAACACCACAGUGCCCUCCAAUGAAUUCCACAAGUCCAUGCAGGUAUCCUAUUAAAAUUAUAUUUUUGUAACAUAUGAAGGAUGAUUUCAUACUAGUUUUUGGAGAAGUACACAUACUUAUUCAUCUAUAGAUUGUGAAGCUGAGAACUGCCUCAUACUGCACUCAAAGUUCUUGUUACAGACAGUGCAGGUAGGUGUAUCCUUAUGAUGUCGUAUAGUUCAAAAUAAAUAAAAGAGUGUGGCUGUGUUGGUAAGAGUAAAAUAUUCAGCUUUGAAGUUAUUUGUAAAGCUCACUAAUUAUGAAUUAAAUAACUAAAAUAGACCAAACUAGCAAGCUUCCACAUUAGGGAUAAAUAACACACAUAUACAUUUACCUGCAUUUCCAUUUAUAAUGUGCAGAGCCCCAUUCAUCGCAUCAUUAGAAGGCUAUACAAUUAGUGAAUUUAAUUACAAUUUUACAGGAAAUAUAGUGCAAGUUCAUUUAAAGAUCAAAUUGGAUUGUGUGUUUACUUGACAAAUGAGGGCCAUUGUCUUCAAUAAUGUCAUCAUUUGAAUUCAUACUUGUAAUGCAUAAUAAGUUCUUCGUUGUUUUUAAUGAUUGGUCAUUGUGAUUGGUCAAAUUCAAACUGUUCGAUUGCAAUCUUUCAAACAAUUAAGUCUAUACAGGUUGCACAGCUUUUAUAUUUUCCACCGCUGAGAAAAGCAGUAUUUUGUAUUCACAACUCAUAGGUUGACCGGCAGGAAACAACAUGAAAACUGUGGCAUUGUUUUUGUUUUGAUGAAAAAUAAUAAAUGAU